GAGGUAACAGAGCUCGGAAGAUUUACUGCGAAGCGCUAUAUUUUGUCAAUGACGACACAUGCACCUAUAGCCAGCCACUGAACUGUGAUAAACAUUUAUGUUGUCGGAGUAUUGAGCAUAGCAAUAAAACCACAGCACGUUUUUGGACAUUUUAUUCUCGUUUUGGAGGUGAACGUUGUGCCGACAGUCUUUAUCCGCUUUAAAAUGAGUGUAGGACUAAUGUUCAACCGACCCGUCAACAUUGCACUUUCGUGAGAAUAAGAGGGUGAAGUGCUGGAUCGUUUCAAAACGGACUGGGGUACAUGGUUUUGCGAUCUUGCCUGCUUCAUAAACAGAGCUUGGGACAACCUCGGAACGUUAAAUGGAUGGCGGGGUGCAAGAUAUGCGGAUUUUGUAACUCUGGAGGCACAGACAGCUUGGAGUGAGAAGUUCCGUCAGAGAAACUGUUGAAAAAAACACAAAAUUCUCAUCCCCCUACUGUGUAAAGUGGAUUUACACGCUCUCCAGGAUACCAGGGAGGACAGUUAAGCAGGAAUACUUACAGGAGAUUGAUCAUUUGGUAGUAUGCAAUGUAAGUGCAUUGCAGAAUUUUGCACCUCUGCAACAGGGGACGGGGCAAUGUUGAAAGUUGCUCUUUUUCGGGACAUUGACUGAGGUAAAGAUGUUUAACUGCGACACAUCAUGGAGCUAAAGUUAAACCUAACUCGGAAGAAAGGGCAUUGAUCAAAGCUAAGACCAGGUGGAGAUGGAUUGAAGGUAGGCCCUUUCUUUAGUCGGGAGACGAGAUAUUGCCAUUACCGCCCUGUGGUCAGCGGGUUCCCUGUGAUUCACGGGAACGGGUCUGAGUGUGACACAGGAGGACGGGUGUACACUGUAUCCGAGGGCUCCUUUCUUUUUGGGGGUGUGGGGAAUGAGGCUGAACACCACCACCAUGGAUGGCAGCUCGCUGGCUGCUGAGCAGGACUCCUCGUUCCGAGUGCUCACGGGCUGCUUCCUCUCGCUGCUGAUUCUCUCCACGCUGCUUGGCAACACCCUGGUCUGCGUGGCGGUCAUUCGCUUUCGCCACCUGCGGACGAAGGUCACCAACUUCUUUGUGAUCUCGCUGGCCGUCUCCGACCUGUUGGUGGCGGUGCUGGUGAUGCCCUGGAAGGCGGUGAGCGAGAUCGCGGGCUUCUGGCCCUUUGGCCCCUUCUGCAACGUGUGGGUGGCCUUCGACAUCAUGUGCUCCACCGCCUCGAUCCUCAACCUGUGCGUGAUCAGCGUGGACAGAUACUGGGCCAUAUCCAGCCCCUUCCGCUACGAGCGGAAAAUGACACCCAAAGUGGCUUUCGUGAUGAUCAGUGCGGCGUGGAGCCUCUCGCUGCUGAUCUCCUUCAUCCCUGUUCAGCUCGAUUGGCACAAGGCGAGGGCCCCGAAUGGGCUACAUGGCAAUGCCAGCUCCCAGCGCCUAGGGGAUAACUGCGACUCCAGCCUCAACAGGACGUAUGCCAUCUCCUCGUCCCUCAUCAGCUUCUACAUCCCCGUGGCCAUUAUGAUUGUCACCUACACCCGCAUCUACCGGAUCGCCCAGAAACAGAUCCGGCGUAUCUCGGCCUUGGAGAGAGCCGCGGUGCACGCCAAGAACUGCCAGAGUAACCGGAGCAGCGCCAGUACCACUGACAUCCAGUCCGAGAGCUCCUUCAAGCUGUCCUUCAAGCGGGAGACGAAAGUGCUCAAGACCCUGUCGGUGAUCAUGGGCGUCUUCGUGUGCUGCUGGCUGCCCUUCUUCAUUCUCAAUUGCAUGGUGCCGUUCUGUGAGAGUCACGCCAGCCCGCCGCCCCUGCCCUGUGUCAGCGGCAGCACCUUCGAUGUCUUUGUCUGGUUCGGCUGGGCCAACUCCUCCCUCAACCCCAUCAUCUAUGCCUUCAAUGCAGACUUCCGCAAAGCUUUCUCCACCCUGCUGGGCUGCGAUACUCUGUGCGCCAGCAACGCGGUGGAGACGGUCACCAUCCACAACGGAGUCUCCUCGUACCAUCCCGGGCCAUCCCUGGAUAAAGCGGAGAACAGUGUCUACCUGAUCCCCCAUUCGGUGCCCUGCCCUCCAGAAACCCCGACAGACCCCAACCACUGCGCAAAGCUCUCGCCCAUUUCCCAGCACGGGGCGGUCAGCCUUCUGUCCAGCAAUGGGGACUAUGAGACAGACGUGUCCUUGGAAAAGAUCAUUCCCAUUACCCAAAACGGCCAACACAAUACCUGACCGCACCGGAAAAAAAGCUGCUUUUCAAUGUAGUAGAGCCAACAUACAUGCCAGCUAGUGUCAAACGUCUUAAACUCGGUUUGCCCAUUACUAACAAAACUGUAGUUACUUGAACUUCAAGUUACAUAUAACAGAGUCCUGCAUUUACUCCUAUUUAAUAUUGGACUUUUAAUGAAAUUAAGUGAGAAAGGUUCUAUAAUUCCUUCUGGAUAGAUGGCAUUCAUUCCUACAUUCAGUAUUGAAGCCCAUACAGUACAGAGGCUACAAAACACCAGUCCUAUUUUAUAAUACCACCUGCGACUAUAUUGGAACAGAAGCCGGCUUCAUGCACAGCUGAUAACUGUGAAACAGGGUGUGAAUGUGGCCCAGUAAUCAGUGUGGAAUAUUGCUGCAGUCUUUAAAAUUAUUUGCAAAACAUUCAUUAGAACCCUACCCAUGAGAUGAAGUUUUAAUACAUUUUUGUUACCUGCUAAUUCCCAGUUGCACCCACAUUGUAAUUGUAAGAUUGACAACAAACCUUGAGAGAGUCCUGUCUUCAACUCAGUACUAAACAAUCCCAACCUGAAAAACCAGUAAGAAUUGGGAUUAUGGUCUGCCUUUGCUGGCACCACCUUUAAGUUCCAGUGACAUUCCCUGCUGCAGAAAAGACAUACAAUUUCCCUAUAGUCACGAUGGGAUGGGAAUGAUAUGGGAAGGCUCAUGACGCUAUCAAUUUCCAAAGUUUGAAAACUGUAUUCAAAAUAGAACUAUUUAUUAACUGAUAGAACAUCAUAACUUGGAAUGGUAUACAGUAAAUGUGGGGCUGUAACUAGUAUUUAGAUUUCUCCCCCCCCCGAAAAAAAACUCAGUGGAUUCCAACAUGCUGAAAUGCGGGUGAGUUGUAUUGUCAGACAGUAAAGAGUUUCGUCCUUAUUUGUUGAGAACUAAACUAACUGCACAUAUCUGUGUGUCGUACAUUCUAUGCUUAUUCCUCUACUGAAAUGCUGUCACACCCGUUCUAAUUUUAUAUGUUCUUGUUCUAUGUACUGAUCAUUUAUGAAAAUUGUAAAUGGUGUGUAUUUUCAAAAUGGCAGUGUUUGCCCUUCAAUCAAUUGUCUUAACCAUCGCCUAACCCUUUCCAUUAUUGAUAUAUUUCCUCUCUUCUCCCCAUGCCCACUUCCUUUUGUUUCUUGUAUUGACAAACCGGUAAUGGUACAUGGAAACUGUCCAUUGCAUGCUGUUUGGUACGGUACUGUGCACAAGUGUGAAAGCUUGGAAAAUUGUGUCAUGUAUGGUUUGUCUUCUUUGCUUACCUCAGAACUAGCUAAUUUGAAAAAAAAAGGUCACUCUGUGCCUGUGUCAUUUUAACCUGAACUCUCAAUUAAUCCUGCACCAUGCUGAACUGAGAAACAAACAUGGAUCAGAUGCCAAAAGCCUGGUGUUUUCAGGUUUUCUGAUCACUGAGACUGUUCUGUCAAAGGACCGAGCAAUUCA